AUAAACAUGGCUGUAGAUAUGGACUUAAAAAAUGCAUUUAAAGAACUUCAUGAAAAACUAUUAUAUGCAUCUCAAAAAAUAAAAUUGGCUGAUUUGCAAAUUGAUACUCUUCGUCGUACAAAGCAGCAUAAUAUUCUUACUAAGCAAGAACUAGAGAAAAUACCAAAGGAUGUGAAAACAUAUGAAGCUUUAGGUCGUGCAUUUGUAUUAACACCAAGAGAUGAAGUAUUUAAAAACUUAGAUAAAGUUAACAGUGAUACAGAACAAAAAAUUACUGUCUUAGAAAACACUAAACAAUAUUUGGAAGGUAAUUUGAAAGAAAGUGAGAAUAAUUUGCGUGAAAUGGUGCAACGUAAAAGAGAUGUUGGUGGUGACAAAGAAAAUCAGCCAGGCAGUUCUAAAGACUAAUAAAAAUUUAAAUUUGGCUUUUAUUUAAAUUAUAAUUUAUUAAAUUAACUCCA